AUGUUCUCCAAGACUUCGAUUGUUGCCCUACUCGCCGCCAGCGCCUCCGCGGCUGCUUUACCAGCGGCCCCAGACCUUUGGCUCUGGCACCUUACAGGCGCAACGAGCAUCUGCACCGCAGCAACUUGCUGUUACAAUUUCAACGUCUCUGCGCCUGCCGGACCGUCUGACCAGCCGGGUUUCACAGCAGCUGGCUGUUACGGCACCAGCGUACAGGGCGACUUCAAGUCCUGCGACAGCGUCGAAAUCGGUGCUCGUGGGGAUGUGCUCGCCCAGGAGUUCAAUCUGGGCGUUAACACUGAUGCUAUUUGGAGUGUGAGAUUCACAUUCUCUGUGGACGAUGGCAGGAACGGAGCUACGUACUGGUACACUGGCAACGGGACCAUCGCGCAUGGUGGUGCGCCGGUAGAUUUGUACAUUACUCCGACUGAGGCGUGGGGAAUUGCAUGAGAAGGGUGUUUUCGAUAACGCUCAUAGUAUCUUUGAGUAGCUCCUAUGACAGAACUUGGGAAUUAUGCGAUGUGGAAAUGACAUGACUUCUUUCCAACCAAUUUUUAAAAUUUUAUACAC